AUGGCGUCCACCAAGGUGUCACUGUUCCUCGUCCUCAACCUCCUGCUCUUCGCGGCGGCCAACGCCUGCCCUUACUGCCCGGGCAACAAUGGCCACGGCAGCAGCGGCCACCAUGGCGGCAGCGGGCAUGGCGGCGGCGGCAGCGGGCCGGGUGAGGGAAGUAGCGGCGGCAGCUGGGGAGGCAAUGGCGGCGGGCCGGGUAGUGGCGGCGGAGGGUACGGCCCGAUCGGUGGCGGUGGGAUCGGACCCAUCGGAGGCGGCAGCGGUGGCGGGUACGGCCCCAUCGGUGGAGGUGGCGGCGGCGGCGGCGGCGGCGGCAGUGGCAACGACGGCACGAGCGGGUGGUACGGCCACUGCCCGACGAACGCGCUGAAGCUCGGCGUGUGCGCCAACGUGUUGGACCUGAUCAAGGCGAAGGCCGGCGUGCCGGUGAACGAGGAGUGCUGCCCGCUGCUGAACGGGCUCGUGGAGCUGGACGCCGCCGUGUGCCUCUGCACGGCCAUCAAGGCCAACGUGCUGGGGCUCAACCUCAACAUCCCCAUCAACCUCAGCCUCGUCCUCAACUUCUGCGGCAAGGGCGUCCCCACGGGCUUCAAGUGCGCGUAA